CACAACUGGAUUAUGCUGAUUUUAAAUUUCCAGCAGUACUGAUGCCUACAGGCUUUUUUUUUGGUUCUCGUUCUGGAAGUGCUGUCUCACAUGCUGACGGUCCAGGCCAAAGGAAACAUGGACGGGGAAGUCCUCGAAAAUCUGAAAGCAAAGCUGGAGCAGUGGUUGAGGUCAAGAAGGAGGAGCAGCCUGAAGAGGAAAAAGAUGACGUUGUUGAUGCAGGCGUUCUUGAUGAUCAAGGUGACAGUGAUUAUAAACCAGCUGAUGAGGAGGCCAGAUCAAGACUGACUGUCAGGCACUUCACUCCUUUUCCCUCCUGCUCUUCAUCAUCUCCCGCAUCUACCUCACAGAAAUGUCCUCGCAGGAUGGUGGGACCUCCUCGCAUAUGUCUUUCAGAUUCAGGCUAGGGUUAGUCUAGCUUUUUGGGUCACAGAGGUAAAAUAAGUGAAGUUUUACAAAC